CUGGAAAACCCCAUCGCCCAUUACUAGUCUCCUCUACCACUCCAGCUCGAGCCCCGCUCCUCCCCCUCACGCUCCUUUUCCCACACCCGGGCCGAGAGCUCCACGCCGCCACCUCACCGCGGAAGUGCGGAGUGAAGAGUUUGAAGACUCGGCACCACUGCUGCAGCUUCCGCUGGGCUCCACCCACAUCUCCGCCAUGGCCGCCCCUGGCGGUGGCGGCCGGCGCGGCUCCACGUCCCGCGCCUCCCGCCGCGCCGCGCCUGAGCCCAACGAGAACGACGACGCGCCGCCCACGUUCGGCCCCGCCCCGCCGCCCUUCUCGCUGCCCCCGAGGUCGCCCCUCGCGGCCAUCGCUGACCCGGGACGGAACCCGCGGUCGGCCCCGGCGACGCCCAAGUCGUCGCUAGCGGGCACGCCCAGGGCCGGCGCGGUGCCGCCUGGGGUUAGGGAUCGGAGCUCCUCGAUUGGGGCGGGGAGGAGGGUGUUCGAUCUCAGGGAUCUCGCGGCCGCGGAGGUGCCCGUGGAUGUGCCGCAUUUCGAGCUCGACGAGGACCCCGCGUUCUGGAUGGAUCGCAAUGUGCAGGUUUUGGUACGAAUGAGGCCGAUCAGUGCCGCCGAGAGCAGUGCGCAUGGUCAAAAAAGAUGUCUGAUGCAGGAUAGCCCGAAGACGCUGAGCUGGACAGGACACCCAGAAACAAUGUUCACUUUUGAUCAUGUUGCAUGUGAAACAAUAUCACAGGAAAAGCUGUUCAGGGUGGUUGGUCUACCAAUGGUGGAGAACUGCAUGUCUGGAUACAAUGGCUGUUUGUUUGCCUAUGGCCAGACUGGAAGUGGCAAAACUUACACCAUGAUGGGAGAGCUUAGUAAGGAGGCCAGAGAACUUAACGACGACUCUGGUUUGACACCUCGCAUUUUCGAGUAUCUGUUUGCUCGGAUAAAGGAGGAAGAGGAGAGACGAAGAGAGGACAACCUGAAGUAUAUCUGCAAGUGCUCUUUUCUGGAGAUAUACAAUGAACAGAUAACUGAUCUACUUGAACCAUCAUCAACAAAUCUUCAGAUCCGUGAAGAUAUAAAGAAAGGUGUGUAUGUUGAGAACCUAAUGGAAUGUUACGUGUCAUCUGUCAAAGAUGUUAUGCUAUUAUUGUUACAGGGGGUUGCCAAUAGGAAAAUGGCAGCCACAAAUAUGAAUAGCGAGAGCAGCCGUUCACAUAGUGUCUUCACUUGUGUCAUUGAGAGCCACUGGGAAAAGGAUUCAAUGACACACCUCCGCUUUGGGCGAUUGAAUUUGGUCGAUCUUGCCGGUUCUGAGAGGCAGAAAAGCUCUGGUGCUGAAGGUGAACGCUUGAAAGAAGCUGCGAACAUCAAUAGAUCUUUGUCGACUCUUGGGCUAGUUAUCAUGACUCUAGUGGAUGUUGCAAAUGGGAAAACCCGCCAUGUGCCCUAUAGAGACUCAAGGCUUACUUUUCUCCUCCAGGAUUCUCUUGGAGGAAACUCCAAAACAACAAUUGUUGCCAACGUCAGCCCAUCUAUUUGUUCCUCCAAUGAGUCAUUGAGUACCUUGAAGUUUGCUCAGCGGGCGAAGUUGAUUCAAAACAAUGCAAAAGUAAAUGAAGAUGCGUCAGGAGAUGUUAUGGCUUUACAAAGGCAGAUCGAAGAAUUAAAGGAUCAACUAACAUGCCUGAGGAAGCAGCAAAAUGUCCCUGGAUCCCAUAGCUUUCACCUGCUAAAUUCAGGCUCUGAGAAUGAAUAUAAUACUUUAUCUGAAGAUCAUCAAUCAGGCUGUGACAUGAAUCUUCUGAAGCAAAAGCAGGUUAGCCAUCUGGAAGAUGUUUUGGUUGGGAGCCUUAGGAGAGAGAAAUUAGCCGAAGGGGAUAUCAGGAAGCUGGAAGCUGAAAUAAAACAUUUGAACCGUUUGGUUAACCUGAUGGAAUCUGAUUCCCAACGCUUGAGAAUGAUGCUGAAGCUUCGUGACGAAAAACUAAGAAGAUUGCAUCUGUUAGCUGAUGAUCUAGUACCAUCCGAUGGCUAUUUGGUUGAUGAAAAUGCUGCAAUGUGCCAAGAGAUUCAGCUACUGCAAAAACAAAUCAAUGAAAAUCCUCAGUUGACUCAGUUUGCUUUUGAAAACAAGAGAUUAAUCGAACAAGUUAGAACGCUUCAGAACUUCCACAAGCAAGGGGAGCGAGAGAUGUUAUUAACAGAGAUAUCUCUUUUGCGUAAUCAUUUCCUUCAUAUUCUUGAGCAAAAGUAUGCAGCACCUCCUGAAAAUAGAAAAGCACAGGGUGACGAGAUUACGAAGGAUCUAAACAAUUGCAGGAAGGAGCUGGAGGCAUGCCUAGAAAAUAAUGUUCUGCUAGCACGUGAAGUAAAUAAGCUGCGCUGUGAACUGAAACAAUACCAGCAGUCUAGUACAAACCAAGUUGCCCCCGAGACACAGAAGAAUUAUGAGGUUCCGGAGAUGCAGCAGGAUCCUGUGGGAUGGAAAUUUCCAAAUUUGGCAUCCAACACUGCUGAAAAUGCAUUCAUGGAUGCUGGGAUCACAACUAAUAUUACGGAAUCACUUCAACGCAAGCUACCAUCAGAAAUUGCUAGCGAAGAUCAGGAGUUUCAUUGUCAUCUGUAUCCCUUUGAUUCACAAGCAUGUGAUUUGAAGGAUUCUACAAAAGUGCCAGAGUGUGGAGAUGAAUUGUCAAAAUGCUACAGCGUGCCUCUUGGAUCUUCACGUAAUGUACUUGACAAAGCCAUUGUUCUUAGUGGGGACGAAGAAACAUUGAAUUUACAGCUGGAUGAAAUAGAUCAAAUACAUGAAACCGCACCACAAAUGGAUAUAUGUUUGCAUAGUCAGACUUCAUUGUCUCAUCACGAGAUUGAAAUAGUCAGCUCAAGUAAGCAUGCAUUAAUGGAUGAGUUGGCACAGAUUAAAAGCAUAAAUCAAGAGCUCAGAGAGAAGCUAGUUAUUAUGGCUGAAGAAAGUACUAAGCUUGCAGAGAUCAUUGUAGCCAAAGACGUAGAAAUUGCCUCUUUGUCAGAAGAAUGGGAGGUUGCAAUUGUUGAUCUAACAAGCUUCUUGACAGAUGGCUGCAGAUCGCUAGAUGAUGCAUACCAGAAUAUUGAUAAUAUGAUUAAUUCAUUUCCUUACAGCAGUAAUUCUGUCAGUGAACAUGUGGAGAAGGCUAUGAAAGUAAGCAUUGAAAAGGAAAAAAUAAUCUCCAAGCUUCAUAUUGAGCUACAAGCUGCGCAGCGAAUGGGCAGGGAAGUGAAAGAAAAGUUGCACAUCUUAAGAGGUGCAACACUUGCUAUCACUGAAGCUCAGCAAUCAGAUGAUGAUGAAAGUUCUCAAGAAGCACUACGAGCAGUAGAUUUUUUGCGCCGAAAGGAUUGCAAUGUGGAACCAAAAAGUUGUCUCUUUGCAGAAGCAGAUGAAAGGCAUUCUCGGGAUGAACUUCUAUUCCCUGACAACUUGGAUGACAUGAGUGCACAACACACUCAUAAUGAAGAUGCAUUGAUAGUCGAUCAAGCUAAUGCAGAUUACCAGUCAAAGCUCGACGAUGUGCUACAUCUUGUUGAAGACAAGUCAAAUAAGGUUCUGGCCUUAUUUUCAAAUUUUGAAGAGGCUCAAGAAACCAUGAAAGAGGCUGACCUUAUGCUCUCGGCUUUGCUGAAGGCCAAUGAGGAGUUAAAGCUUGAAAAGGAUAAUUGCAGCCAAGCAGUCGAACUGCUAUUGGCUGAGAAAUCUUCUCUGAUACAUGGGAUGCAUGAGCUUGAAGCAUCAAGUUCUUGUACAGCACAGAGGUAUGGAAAGUUGCAUCGACAGAUGAAUGAAUGUGUCAAAGAGAUGUCAGAGAUUGCUGUUCUAAUAAAAGAAUCUUUCCACCAAAUACAAGGGGUUACUACAGUGGAACUCUUUGGGCUUUUCUCUGAAAUUAUUAAUUAUGGGCAGGACUUAAAGAGAUGCAUAAGUGAUUCAAGAUCUUACCUGGGAAAUGUUGUCUCACUUCUAGAAGAAAAAGGCAGUUCUUCAGUUCAGCAGGUCCAUCACCUUGAUGCAGAUGCUUAUACAUGUGUGGGUAAACAAGUUGGCUCACGUUCAUGUGAGAUGGGUGGCACCAAUGUUAUGUUUCUUCAUGAAACUCAAGCAGCUCUUGUCAACUCUAGCAAGAAUAUUAUAUCUAUGACCGGUAUGGCUGAAGAAGGAAAGGGCAUUUCAUCCAUGCAUGCAGUUCCAAUGUGCAGUGCUGAGGAACUGGAAGAUAGCAAUACAAACAGUAUGCAUGAUGUGACUGUUAUGAAGGACAUAAUUUUCAGUAUUGCUGAGAUGUGGGAUGUCUUCUUCAAGAAAGUGUCCUGCAUUAAGAAUUCUGAGGCAUAUCCAGGUGUUGCUUGUGAUGGACAAAACUAUACAAACCCUCCUGCUGCACUUGCAAGACUAGAGAGCGAACAAAUAUACAAGGCUGUUCCACUGCAGUGCAAGGGAAGUAUAGAAGGUCAGUCAGGAGAGGAAGACAAUACAGAUCUUUUGCAUGAUGUGCAACGUCUCAAGCAUCAUUUGGCACAGUUAAUGGUUCCACUGUCUAAAUUUAUCAAUGAAAAUGACAUUAUGGGGUAUCAAACAGGAAAUGACAAGCAGUUCGUUACUGUUCUGAAUAAGGUACAGAAUAGCUUGAUUUUUGUUAUAGAUUUCUUUAGUUCUCUGGUAUUAUCUGAUCGGGGAGGUUUUCAGAAUGCACCUUCACUAAGCAGAAUCUUUCAUGACAUUAGUAACAUUGAGAAUAAAUCCUUCAUGCUUCACCAAAUGUGCUUACGGAAUGGUGAUUCUCAAGCUGGUUACAGUACAGACUAUGCAUCACUAAGAAGAGAUUUUGACAGGAAAAGUGAUAUUGCAGAAGGAUUGUCUUUUGACCUUAAAUUGCUGCAAGAGUCUACUUCAUAUGCAAGGGACAUGAAAGACAAAGCUGAAGGAGUAUCAAGUGAGCUUAGAAAGGUGCAAAGAGAACUUGAAUUUAAAUCUUCUCUGACAGAAGACAUGUUGAUAAAACAAAAGGCACUAGUGGAAGAACUGGCUGAAAAUGGUGCUGCACUCAUGAUUUUAAGGUCAGAGUUAGAGCAAUGUCAAAGUUCAUCAGCAGAGCUAUUAAAGGAGAAUAAUGAUCUGAGGGUCAUGUUGGAAGAAGAAAUUGUGAAGGCCUGUGAAACAAAGGCCCUGUUGGAAGACAAAGCUAAGGUCAUAGAGGGAUUAGAGAGCGAAAUUCUAUUGCUUAAUUCUUCUGAAGAGGGACGUUUGAUGUCAAAUAUCGAAAAACUAAAUAAUAGUAUUAAAAAAAUAAGUACUGACAAUGGAUAUCUCGAAGAGGAGAUACUUAAGUUAAAUGACAGGCUUCAGAUGGCAAUGGCUUUAGCUGAGGAGAAUGAAGCUGCUGCUAUUGAAGCUCGGCAAGCUGCAGAGAUAAGCAAAAUCUAUGCAGAAGAGAAAGAUGAGGAAGUUACGAUUCUUGAACGUUCUGUCGAGGAGCUUGAAUCUACGAUAACUGUUCUUGAGGAAGAAGUAAGCAACCUCAAAGAGGAGGUAAGGAGCUAUCAAGUACACAAACAAUCUGAAGCUGAAUUUCAAGCACUUGAAGGGAUGCUUCCUGUAGAAAAUGCCUCAGAUUGUGAUGCCAGUGAGGAAUUGAGUCCUGGAAUAUGCCAACUAGAAAGGAGAUUGCGAGCCGAGAUCAUUGCACAUCGAGAUGCAAGAAGAAAGAUUGAAGGACUCAAAAUGGAAACAAAGCGUAAAGAUGAGGAGAUAACACAAUAUAAAGAGCAUAUAGCUGAGUUGGUCCUGCAUUCAGAAGCACAAUCCUUGCUGUUUCAGGAGAAGUAUCAGGAAAUGGAGCACAUGGCGUCUAAACAGAUGUUUGGUCCACAUGAAUUGAACUCUGAGACUGUUCACACAAAAAUUGAAAAGCCUUCAGCGCGAACACGAGGAUCUGGUUCACCUUUCCGGUGCAUAUCUAGCAUUGUUCAACAAAUGAACUCUGAGAAGGAUCAAGAAAUCUCUUUGGCACGCCAGCGAAUUGAAGAACUUGAAGCAUUGCUGAGUAAUAAACAGAAAGAGAUAUGCUUGCUAACAGCGAGACUGGGAGCUGUGGAUAGCAUGACACAUGAUAUUAUAAGGGAACUACUUGGCGUAAAAUUGGACAUGACAAACUAUGCUAAUUUGCUUGACCAAGAAGGAUUGCACAAGUUGUUGAUGGCAACCCAGCAACAGAUUGAACAAUCAAAGGCGAAGGACGCGGAACUUGAUGUUCUCAAAGAACAAUUCGGUCAUCUCAUUCAAGAAAGAGACAGCCUGCUUGAUGGCAUGGACGAAAGAAAAACUGACCUGUUGGAGACCCAACUGCUCGUCGAACAACUUGAACAACGGGAGCAAAUGCUCGAAGCCCAGAACGAAAUGCUACAGAUGGAGAAAGACAACCUUCAGCAGAAGAUUAUGGAACUGGACGAGACGAUCGAAGAAUUGCUAGCAGCGAACAAUCAAUUCGGAGUGAAUACAGCUCUCAGACCGGGCGAUAACCAGCUGCAGCAGCACCCUGGCACUGGCAGCAGCGAGUUCAGCAGGAGGCUGGCUCAGUCGGACAUGCUCGUCUCCCACGCCAGGCGGCAAGAGCACUCCCGCAGCCACGCGGCCGGGAGCUGGAGGACGCGCCAUGCCGGCAGACGCUAGUAAAGGGCUAAAGGCCUGGCCGGCUGUACAUACUCUACAUUGGAUCAGAUCAGAGCAGACACUGCUUGUGUUUGUAGAUCGGCGGCGUCUCCACCACCUCUCUGACCGUUGAGCAAGUUGUCAGGUUCAGAAUGGCGACAGCUGCAGAAGGAAAUUUUUGCCAGGGUCUGCGAGAUUCGUGCAUAUGUAAAGUUUGGAACGUGCGAUGCCUGCGUGAUUCCUGUAUAUUAUUGCACGGUUUGUCACCUGCCAUGUACACACGGCGAGUUCUGGCUUUGGCCAGCUCUAUGAAUCCUUUCAUUCAGUGCUUGAGCAGAGUACUGUGUCACAGGAUAUUGUAGACUUGAAAAAAUUACUAAUGGGUUACUGUAGAGGAACUUGUAGUA